UUCACCAUCAAAACCCCCGCCUCGCUCCCUCCUCUCUCCGUCACCCGUCCCCCUCUUCGCUUCCGCCUCACUCCUCUCUGCUUCUUUGGAAAACCCGAGAGGCAUCAAGAAAUAAAAGAAACCCGAGGAACUCUGUCUCUCUCUUUGUUGCCCCUUCCUCCAAAAACCUAGCGCCAAAUCCUGAGCCCAGCGCUAAUGGCGUCCAGGCUUAGGCUCGCCGGAGGGAUACCGGAGCAGCGGGUCCGGCAAAUAUGGGACGCCUUCGACUCUCGGCAGUUCAAGACCGCGUACAAGCUCGCCGUCGGUCUCCUUGCCAAGUACCCCAACUCUCCUUACGCUCUCUAUCAGCACAAAGUGGGUGAGAAGGAAUGGAUUGCGCGAAAACAUAUUGAGACAGAAUCCCUUAUUCCCCGAUUACUUUAUCUGUCUAUCCAGUCCUUUUCUUCUUCUCUAAAGGAAAAGUUUGAGACUAAUGGUUCUGUCUCUGAUACAACAGUCAUUGUUGAAAUGAAGUGUCUGCUGGAGAGAUAUGCAAGGAACAUUGGUCUUCCUUUUGAUGAUGCAAUUGAUGUGAUUCUUGCGAUAGCAAAGGGCCAAAAAUCCUUCAAGCUGGAUAAACUUCGCCAUUUUUGUCAAUGCAUGGAGUUUGUGCUCCCGUCACCCUGGGCUUGUCAAUGAAGAUGGAUGCAGUCUAAGAUCAUGGCAUGUUGUAAAAAUAUUUGGUCAAGAGUUGCAUCGCUGAGCUGUUGAUGCAGGCACAACCGGUGCUGACAAGUCCUGGAAGCAUUCUUCUAGUUCUGGUGCAAUUGGUAACAGAAUCUUUUGCUUGGCACAUUCUAAUAAUCCAGUCCUGUAUAAAAGCAAUGCUUCCAUCUCGAAAGAAGAAAAAGAAAGGUGGUGCAGUGGAUCAAACAAACUUGCCGCACUUGCAGGCUAUAUGCGAUUCAAUUCAGUGUUUAAGCGAUGCAAUACAAGGAAUCCAAAAAUGGUUAGAUGAUCAAAUCAAUAUGCCCGAGGAUCAAAAUUUGGAUAUUCUAUUGUCUCGUGCAAUUGAGGGACUGUGAGGAGGGGCCAGGCUAUGUGCUCCAGAUUUUAGAAGAGAGUGCAUCUGCAGACAACUCUGAACUUGGUGAUAGGAUAUCCAGAGCUCUACAAUCAUGGAAUUCCGCUAAUGCAGUGAGAAAAAUAGUAGUGGCACAAAAUAAAUUGCUAUCACAUUUCCAUUGCAUAUGUGGUUCGAAGUUGAAGCUGUUGGAGUCAUUGAAGCAGUCAAUGCAGGGAAGAGAAUUAUGGCAGGACCAUCAGGUGGUGCACCAUUAGGGUUUCUGCAUCCAUUUGGUUCUGUUCUGGUGUUUGGUGGGAGAAGUUCCUGCUGAACGGCUGUUGGUAUUGACCUCCAUGCUUUGUACCUUUGCGGUGAGGAUUUUGAUUUCAUCAUUUUUUUUUCAAUACUUUUUCCUGCUGGUGGUAUACCGCCCAGUGGCAACGAAUGAGGUGUGUACAAUGAAUAAACCAUAGAUCUCAGGUUUCAAUAUAAGAACUUGCCUUUUGAUGAUAACAUC